AUGAAUGAUCGCCAAAAUCUUGUGUAUUUAGAAAACGAAAUCAGAAAAAAGUUAAUAAAAUUCAUACCAUGGACCGAACUUAAUAACAUUUCAAUACUUGAUGAAGGUAACUUUGGAUCAGUAAGCAAAGCUUAUUGGGCAAAGACACAUAAUAAUGUCGUUUGUAAAGAAUUAAUAAAUUUGAAGGAUAUAAAUGGCAAACAUUAUACUGCAUUUAUUCAUGAAUUAACAAUGCAUACUAGAUCAGAUCUAUGUGAAAACAUUGUUCGGUUUUUGGGAGUCAGUAAAGAUACUGUCAAUAGCCGAUAUUUCCUUAUAAUGGAAUAUGCAAAUGAUGGAAAUUUACAAAGGUUUCUUAAAAAAAAUAAUCAUAUUUUGAAUUGGCAACAAAGGUUGGAGCUGGCUUGUCAGAUUACGAAGGGAUUAUGUUACUUGCAUAGUGAAGAAAUUAUUCAUAGAGAUUUGGUAAAGAAUAUUAAAUAUCUAUCUACAAAUAGUGCACUGAAUGAGUCAGCAACAAAUGAUAUAUUCAUUCAGCAUGAUAAAAAUAUUGUUAUUCAUUGCGGAAAGGCAAAAAUAACAGAUUUUGGAAAUGCAACAAGUAUUAAUACACAGACAAAUAUACACAAUGGUAUUUUUGGUGUGAUUUCAUUUUUAGCACCUGAAUUAUUUGAACGAACCAAAUCAGAUAAUCCACCAUAUUGCAAGAAAACAGAUAUCUAUAGUCUUGGCAUGAUAUUUUGGGAAUUAUCUAGUGGUCAUCCACCAUUUGAAAAUCAACAAUAUUAUACAAUUCUGUACCAAAUUAGUAAAGAUCAAACAAGCUUGGAUGAAUUCAAUAAAACCUAUGUUUCAAAACCUCCUUAUUUAGAAGGAAGUAUAAAAUCUUUACAAUAA